CACCAGAAUUAUGACAUAAUCUUGUAGUAAUAGUUCAUCUCGACAGAGAGAUUAAGCAAGAUGAUGUCCUUUGUGUUGAGUGUUACUUCAAAGUCCCACAUCGAGUUGCAGUCUAGGGAGGAAGGAGAUAGAGCAAGGAGCAAGACGAGGGAGUGCCACUUCAGCGGAGGAGGUGGUGGUCCAGUCAGCAGAGGUGAGUCCGUGAGUGCCACGUCAGCAGUUUGUGGGUCCGAGUGCCACGUCAUCAUCCAGUCAGCACCACGUCAGCGAGUCCAGUCAUCAGUGGGUCCCAUUGCCACGUCAGCAGGUCCAGUCAUUGUGUGGGUCCCGCUGGUGACUUUCGGGGAGAAGUUGGUUCUGACUAAUUUUGACGUCCUGAAUCCAUUUUUGAGGCCAGUUUCCUCAAAUUUGGAUUGUUUGGUAUUGGUUGAUUGCUGCUUGAGUGGAACUAUGACUACCUUGAAGUUUGAAGUUCCGUUAUUUGAUGGAAGAGCGGACUUCAUGUUGUGGCAAUGCACGAUUCAAGACUAUUUGGUCCAGCAAGGUCUUGAUUUAGCAUUGCAAGAUGAGAAGCCAAGUGAUAUGAAAGAAUCAGAGUGGAGUACAAUCCAGAAGAAGGCUGUCAGCACAAUUCGGUUGGCACUGUCCCCACAGAUUAAAGUGACAGUGCUGAAAGAGACAUCACCAAAGAAGCUGUGGGAAACGUUGGAGAGCAAGUUUGCGUCGAAGACACUUACUAACCGGUUGAUGAUGAGNAAGGAGGACUUGCAGAUCCUAAAGGAGAAGAAGGGCAAAUCGAAGGAAGCUUCUUCCGCAAAUGUGAUCACUUGUGAAGAUGAUCUCUUCUGAAGAUAAGAGUACUGCUGGACAGAAGAUUCUGCAGGAUGUGAGUAUCGCUGCAGAAAUCGCAAAUGAUGUAGGACUUUGAAUUAAGGGGAGAUUUGUUGAGUGUUACUUCAAAGUCCCACAUCGGUGGGAUAGGAAAAUUGAGGAGGGAUUGGAGCCUAUAAAUAAAGAGGAGAUAUAGGC